GGUUCCUCAGGGUUGUAACAUUAGAUGAUACACACUGAGGUCACUAUGCUGUAAACCAAUGCCUGUGUCUAGCAGGGCUGGGUUAUUUAGAAGGUGUGUUGCUGACUGAAUUGCUGGAAGAAUAUUCACAGGUGUGGGAAGAAAGGACUUGCCACCAGCCUUGGCUUCUAGAGAUCUCUCUCUGGGCUCGGAAGGAUUUUAUGUUAAUCAGAAAUACCUCUAGAAGAUUCAAGAAGCUGUAAGGGUGACGCAAAUCUGUGAAGGGCCAGGAUGGGAAUCCUAUACUCCGAGCCCAUCUGCCAGGCGGCCUACCAGAAUGACUUCGGUCAAGUGUGGCGCUGGGUGAGAGAGGACAGCAGCUGCAUCAAUGUGCAGGAUGGCUUCAAUGGAGACACUCCCCUGAUCUGUGCUUGCCGGCGGGGGCACCUGAGAAUCAUUUCCUUCCUUUUAAAAAGAAAUGCUGAUGUGAACCUCAAAAACCAGAAACAGAGAAACUGCUUGCAUUAUGCUGUGAAGAAAAAAUUUACCUUCUUUGAUUACCUCCUCAUUAUCCUCUUAAUGCCUGUUCUCCUUAUUGGGUAUUUCCUCAUGGUGUCAAAGACCAAGCAGAACGAGGCUCUUGUUCGAAUGCUACUUGAUGCUGGCAUCGAAGUGAAUGCUACUGACUGUUAUGGCUGCACGGCACUACAUUACGCCUGUGAAAUGAAAAACCAGAAUCUCAUCCCUCUGCUCCUUGAAGCUCAUGCAGACCCCAUGAUAAAGAAUAAGCGUGGCGAGACUUCGCUGGAUAUUGCACGGAGACUAAAGUUUUCCCAGAUUGAGUUAAUGCUAAGGAAAGCUUCGUAAUCCUACUGGCCUCACAUGGAGAAGUAGAAAAAUUUAAAACACCGUAUUCGAUCUCCAUUUUGGACAAUUGGUUGGUGGACCGCUCAGCCUGGAUGCCACAGUUUUAUGGUUACCAUGGGUAACCACAAUGGUGGUUGCCAUGGUAACAUUUUGGGGAAAGCUUUGUAUUUAUAAUUUGUGGGAUUUUUUGCCCAGUGGAGUUCACCAUGGUCAUAAUCCUUCUUAGGAGAAACACUCAAGUGGUUGGAGUUUCCGCUUUGGUCAAAAAAAGGUGACAUUUCAACCUCAGUUUGUCCUGAAGAAGAGGAUCGCGGUUGGCUGGUUCCGUUUUCUCUUCUCAGGUGUGCCGCUCUGACCAAGAAGUGAUCCUGUCUAUAUCACACCCAGAAAACAACUGUUUCUCUCCGUCCUUCUGAGUAGUAAGAGAGCGAUUCAAAGUAUAUAUAUUUGUAUAGAAUGAUGUGUUGGGGGUGGGGGGAGAGCUUCAUAUGUAAAUAUUCAUUUGGUGAAACAAUUUCAAUAAAGCCAUCUAUCAGUCAUCAGGGGUGGGGGUAUUUAUGCCACAGUGACUGGGAAAUCCUACAAGUCAAGGCUUUUUCUUUUUCUUUCCAAGAGCCAAGUUAACUAGAAUACCUCUGGACAUUUUGCUGUCAGCUUAUAAGUAAAAGCCGUCCUGAUUGUGAACAAAAUUAUGUAACUAUCAAGAUGUUUGUUCAAAAAUAUCUUUAUGAUUCUCUCGUGAAUGGUCAGGCAGCUACUAAGGUUGUUCAUUCUGUUUAUUUUCAUUGAUAAAAUUGAAAAUAUUAUUGUUAACUGUUGGACCAAGGAUUUCUUUACAGGAAAUGGAACAGUAGAUGAGGUGGUAUCUGGAUUAUACUUCCAGAGGGGGAGAGAGUGCAUAUCUAAAUAUAUUUCUCAAGUCCUUUGUCAAUGACACAGAGUAGAAAUAAAUGCAUUUGAAAAAUGAUCGAAUUAGCAAAACAAGACUGAAUCAUUAAUAUAUUUAGACAUGGACUAAAGUGUAGACAUAUUACACACUGUAUGAAGUAACAAAUGAACAGUCUAAGAGGAAAAGAUUUACCAUCCUUGAACAGAACAAAGGGUUAAUGAAAAUCAAAUCCAGAAUAUUUAUUGAACUAUGUACAGAGCUUUAAGGUAUAUAUGUCUUGUGAGGGAAAUAGGAGUGUGUAGAUACAGUUCAGAAGCCCUUAAGUGUCUCUUAAAUUAUUUAAGAUACAUUGCACUGAAUGGAGUUAGCAGCUGACUCUGGGGAACUGAAUAAACAAAUGAACUUGACACACCAGUAAACCUUCAACACGCACCUGUGUACCUUCAAUUUGGUUUGCAAAAUUCCGUUAUUACUCAUGUAAUCUGUAAAUGCCAUCUUUGAAAUGAUGUGAAAAUUGAUCACUUUCUAAAGAAAUAAAUCCAGAUUUGUGAA